GGGGGGUGAGGGAGAAUUAAGGAUUUGAACCCAUUUUUCUCCACUUCUAACCCAGUAUGGGACUCCUCUGAUUUGUAACGGGAGAGAAGAAGGGAGCCCCCCCCCAAAAAAGAGGGGGGGGGCCACACUUUGCACAGCCCAGAUCCAGGAGAGGAAGAAGAAAAAAAAAAUAUGGAAGAGCAUCAGAAGCCUGAAAAACAUCUCCAGAUCUGCCACUCAAGCAAAGGCAACGACUACAAGUAGACCUCGACUUAACAAGUUCAUUUAGUGACCGUGCAAAGUUACGACGGCAUCGGGGGGGGGGAGGAAACAAAAGGACGGAGGACCGUUUUUCGCACUUGCAACCGUUGCAGCAUCCCCGCGAUCAAAAGACAAAGACACUCGGCAACCGCUUCGUACUUACGACAAUUGCAAUGUCCUUUGGGGUCACGUGAUCCGCUUUUGCGACCGGCCCGCCAAGCAAAGUCAACGGGUGUGUGUGUGGAGACCAGAUUUCACUUAACAACCGUGUUCCUAAUGGAACACCUGCAGUGAUUCACUUAACAACCCUGGCAAGUGAGGUCGUCCCACGGAGCAGAAACUCAACUUGGCAAAUGUCUCGCUUAGCAACCUAAACGCUGGCCUCAAUUGUGGUCGUUAAGUCGAGGACUGGCUGUUAAAGUCUGUUUCGGUCCAGUUACACCGCCUUUAUGUGAAGAUUGAGUACUCACCUGUCGGCAUAAAAACCAAACUUUUUCAUGGGGUGCCCUUGCUUAUUCCCACGUCCGUAUCUCCGCUUUUAAUAACCCGGAUUUGAAGAGGAGAAGCUGGGUUUGCUUCUUACCAUGAUGGAGGGUGGCCAGGCUGCAUUUCCUUUGGCAGUUGGUUGCAAUGCAGUGGUCCGAGCCGGUUCUGCAGUGAUGCAGGCUUUUCCUGUCCCCCCCCCCCUCCUCCCCCUCUAUCCCAUUUAUUCCCUUGGCAACUGAAGUGGCAGGCAUCGCAUUGUGACUUCACCGCAGAGGGUGGGAGAUGAUAAGUGACCAAAAAAAAAAUGGCUUUUAAAACUGGUCUACUUUUUCAUCUCUUUUUAUCAAACUCCGUGGUCCAUUUUCCCCCCUCCACAUCCACAAUAUCUUCUGAAAAAGUUAUGCCACCAGAGCUGGCAAAAUGUGCGAUUCGGUACCGGCGUUGGAGCGAAUGCCGGAUUGGAAAUGUUUUGAUCAGGUAGCAUCUCGGGGAGCAAUCGAUUUUCACCAACGUAAUUAAUCAAACGGCUUUUUAAAAAGAAUUUCAGUCAAGACCGAGUUAAUUCGUAGCUCUCAAAACAAAGCUGGAAGAUACGGAAACUUAACUUUGGAUCCAAUUUUGUUUCAGAGUCCGUUAUACUCAUAUUCCUUAUGGCGACUUUUAUUUCGGAGUUUUAAAAACUAGAUUUCUCUUAGGUCUUGGCAGCCUCUUGGAACCCUGUCAGUUGAUCAGUUUAGAGCCAUUAAUUUGCUCUAAGAAUAGUAAGAGGGGAAGCAAGGAAGCAGCGAGCUCACCGCCCUCCUUUCCCUGCAGCGCGAGUUUGUCCCUUCCCGCUGAGCUGCACACCUGGUGUAUUAUUUAACACAGAAGGCUUGAGCAGAGCAUAUGCAAAAAUAGAAAAGGGACAGAUGGAAGGCAAAGCACCGGACUUCAGCAAAUUCUGCUGGAUUGCAGCCAGACGGAGCUGCGCAGGGAGACAGAGGUGUGUUUUGGCAGCCAUUAAGAGGAGCCCCAGGUACCAUGUAUUACAUGGAUGAAUUUUCUCAGAAGUAGGUGUGGUUAAAAUCUCACCAGAUAUCAUAGCUGCUGAUCCGUUUUUUCUACAGUGCCAGUUCUGCAGUUAACCAGACAUUCAGUGGGGCGUGAAGCGUCUCAAGGCAAAUGCAAAUAUGGCUGCUUCUACCAAACUAUUGGAAGGGAUGGCUAAGUGGCUAAGACGCUGACGUUGUCGAUCAGAAGGUCGGCAGUUCAGCGGUUCGAAUCCCUAGUGCUGCAUAACGGGAUGAGCUCCCGUUACUUGUCCCAGCUUCUGCCAACCUAGCAGUUCGAAAGCAGCUAGAAAAGUCCCCGCCAGUUCGUUGUGAUGCCACCCUCAAAUUUAUUACGCUUCACGGCCUCCUUGAUCCAUCGGAGAACCUUCCCUUGGACAUCGAAGUUUGGAGACAAGGAUCUCUUCCUGCGCCAGUGUCUUGGACCGUACGUCCUUGGAGCAGGGAAGAAGAGCUGCAGCGAGCUGCUUCCUCUCAACGAAGCCGACUUGGAAGAACAGUUCGUCCGGGGUUUCGGGCCCGGAGGCCAAGCCACAAACAAAACCAACAACUGCGUGGUUCUGAAACAUCUUCCUUCGGGGAUUGUCAUCAAGUGCCAUCAGACCCGAUCCCUCGAGACCAACCGCUCGAAAGCCCGGGAGAUCCUUCAGGAGAAAGUGGACGUUUUCUACAAGGGCCAGUCCAGCGCGGUGCUCCAGGAGAAACAGGAGUGGCAGAAAAAAAAGGAAGAGAAGAGACGGCAAGCCAAAAAAAACCUGGAAAGGAAGCGGCACUUGAAAGAAAUGCUUGCCCUGGAGGACAAGAGAGGAACAUGAAAGACCAUCUCGGCUGUCAAAAAAUGGGACCUACUCUAUAAUCAGUGCAUAUUUCUUUUAAAAACUCGGCGGUUCAGCAGAAAACAACACAGUACAAUCAGUGCUUGAAUUAUUAGCACGAUGGCGUCAUUUCCUCCCCCCCCCCCAUUUCACUGAGGGCAAAAGAGAUCCUUGCAGGUGGCAGAGAACAAACUCCCCCCCCCCAUUUCCCAGGGCCUAGAUCACAGCUUUUUGUGGGGGGGGGGGAGGUGUCACGUAAUUUAUUUCUUCUCCUUGCAUAUUGUUUUCCGGAACUUUAAAAGAACGAACAGCUUGUUUGCUGUCAUUUGGUAACGUGCAUAGUAACUUUUUGGUCCCUGCAAUGUUAAAUCCGGUUGUCGAGUUGAUGCGUUCAAUCGGUUCUCAAAACAAUGAAGAAAGCGUCGACGUGGCGUUGUUAAAUCAGGAAAAAGAUGGAUCCCUUUUUCUGGAAUCCAUCGACCCUUUUGAAUGUACGCUUGCUUUCGUUUCCUUAAUCGUUUCCAUCUCCCCUGUUCGUCCUCUUGUAAUAAUUUUAAUUACUUGUCCAGCCCAAACCUCCCCCCAUGCCACUACCACCACAGCUCUCUGCUAUUUAGCCACAGGAAUUACUGAAAAUAAGCUUUUAUUACGUCAAGUAAUAAAUACAUACAAAGAGGCAAA